CAAAACAUAAACACAUUUUGUGUUUUGAAAUCUCAUUUGAUUUGAUUAAUUGAAAUAUAAUAUAGUUAUUAAAUAUACACUCAAUUGCUUUCAAUGCAUGCAAUGAUUGACACAAAUAUGUAUUCAUUUCAAGCGUUUUGUUUCCACAAAAUGCAAUACAAAGAUGGCCAGACAGUGCCCACCGCCAGAAGUGGUCAUCGGAUAGUCAGUACUCACAGUGAUGUCUACUCUUAUGGCGGAUAUAAACCAGUGAUGGAUGAGGACAGCGAUGAAGACAGCGAUGAAGACAUGGAACUCGAGUCCGACGACCAAUGGUUGGCCACUAAACCGCUGUUCAAAGAGUUGUGGCGCUUCUCAUACGUGACCAGACAGUGGACACGACAGCCGUUAAGAGGAGUUCCGCCGCCAGAGUUGGCCUCACAUUGCGCUACACUUCUGGACAACAAAUAUCUGUUAGUCUUCGGCGGAACCAGUUUUCCAUUCGGCGAGACCUCCAGCAACCGGUUGUCUGUCUGUAAUCUCACCACAAAUGAGUGGAAGUGUAUCACUAAUAGUGAUGAUAAUGAGGCGCCCAUUGAGAUGUACGGCCAGGCGUUGACUAUAGACCGCACGUCCGCUCAUAUCUAUGUCUGCGGCGGAACUACUGGUCAUCAGUACGCCAUUGAUGUCCAUCGGUUUGAUUUGCAGACACAUUUGUGGCACUGUUUGUACUCCAGAGACAUCAAUUUCUUUGAGGACCUGUUCCCAGAAUCUCGUUAUAGACAUGCGAUUGUGUUGCAUAAGAAUAAGCUGUAUGUCAUCGGCGGUGGGACUUCAUUCCAGUGCUUCUCAUUAUCAACGAUCCCUGUCUUCGAUAUCGAUUUGAGGAAAUGGGUGUCAAUAGAGACCAGAAGUGAUUUGAAUGCAAUGAUAGAUGAAGGCGACGGCUAUCCGAAGAGUAGGCGGUGUCACGACUGCAUACACAUCGAUGACUUCGUGUAUUUGUUGGGCGGAACUGAUAAUGAGAUGAUUUUUGACGACUUUUGGCGAUUGGAUCUAAAUGUGAUGCAAUGGACGCGACUUAAUGCCCGAAUACCCCGAGCCCUCUAUUUUCACUCGUCCUCAGUGUCGCCAACUGGUCGGCUAUCGGUGUUUGGAGGGGUCGUCAACACCAACCAUAUCGAGCGCACCAACGAGUUGUUCACCGCAUGGCUUAAGAUACCGACGCUUAAAGAGAUGGCUUUCGACGCAGUUCUCCAUUAUAUUCAUCGCAACCGAAACGAAACCAAAGAUAAUGUCAAACCAAUCGAUGAAAUAUUGUUUGAUUUACAGAUUCCCGCAAAUCUGAGACCAGAAUAUUCACACCGUAUUCCCACACAACAGCCCCCACAGCCCACACUUAAUUGUACGGUCAGUCUGACGAGACUCCCGGCAUGAGUGGCCAUAGAGUGUACAGUAUUGGUCUGAAUAAGUAUUGUUUGUGUCUGAG